GCCUCAACGCCAGACAGAGAGCAUCACAGAGCACCAUGGACACCAGCGGCAUUAUUCCCGACAUUGUUGACGAGAAGCCCAAGGCGCGGGCAACGGUUACCUAUCCGUCCGGCGCACAGGUGGAUCUGGGCAAGGAGCUGACGCCCACACAGGUGAAGGAUGAGCCCACCGUUAGCUGGGAUGCCGAGGCUGGCGCUUUGUACACUCUGCUCAUGGUCGAUCCCGAUGCGCCCAGCCGCACCGAUCCCAAGAUGCGUGAAGUACUCCACUGGGCCGUCAUCAACAUUCCCGGCAACAAGGUCGCCGACGGCCAGGUCCUGGCUGAGUAUGUGGGCGCCGGCCCAGCCGAGGGCAGCGGCCUGCAUCGCUACGUCUUCUUCGUGUUCAAGCAGGGCGACAAGAUCACCAGCGACAAGUUCAUCAACAAGACCACCCUGGAGGGUCGUCUCAACGUGAAGAUCCGCGACUACGUGGCCAAAUACAGCUUUGGCACGCCCGUUGCCGGCAACUUUUUCCAGGCGCAGUACGACGACUAUGUGCCCACCAUUCGCGCCCACAUCAAGUAAACACUCUGUUCCAAAACAUAAAGCAAUAAAUUUUCCAUAAGCAAA